AUCGAACGGCUCAAGGUGAGCGAACUAACCCCUUCCAUUCCUCACAUCUUCAAAACCCUAACGAGGACGCUUUGCACGACGAAGGGGCGAAAAGUAGCGGUUAUCGGCAGGAAUACGACCGGCACGCCUCCGAAUGAAUUAGGGUGCGGCAUUCUUUCCAACUCUCGAUCGGUUGCUUGCGUCACUUCUUAUCUCUCCACCGAGCUAAGUUAAUUUUUACUGUUGCUUCUUGAGUGUUUACUGUGAUGGCCAGCAAUCCACAAGCUUCUGGGCCACAGCCUAUAAGGCCAUCUGUCGUAGUAUCUGCUGGUCCCCCUCAAAAUUUUGGUCCCCCAAUGCCCAUGCAGUUUAGACCUGUUGCUCCACCUUCUCAACAACCUCUUCAGUUCAAUCCGGCAAGUGCCCAACAAUUUAGGCCAAAUGUUGGAAUUUCCGGUCAAACUCAGGCGAUUCCAAUGCCGUACCUUCAACAAAAUAGGCCCAUCACAGCUGGUGCACUUCAGACUCCACAAAGCAUGCAGUUGCCAAAUAAUAUUGUGCCUAAUCUAGGUGGAGUUGGGAUACCUCUUUCUUCCUCAUACACGUUUGCAACAUCUUACGGACAACCGCUGAAUAGUAUGAAUGCCUCUUCGCAGUAUCAACCAAUGAUCCAUUUGCAUGCGCCUGUUGCACCAGCUGGUGGACCUUCUUGGAAUGCAUCUGGGGCUCAAACCUUACCUUCUGUAACACCCUUGAUGCAACCCACACAACAACCUACCAUUAUAGGCUCUUCUGUAGUGGGUACAAAUGUACAACCUGGUCCGGCUGAGCAGGUAACAUCUGAUUGGCAGGAACAUACUGCUGCAGAUGGAAAAAGAUAUUAUUAUAACAAAAAGACCAGACAGUCAAGUUGGGAGAAACCUUUUGAACUCAUGACGCCUACUGAGAGGGCUGAUGCAUCUACAGAGUGGAAAGAAUUCCAGACUCCAGAUGGUCGGAAAUAUUACUAUAACAAAGUGACAAAGCAGUCAAAAUGGUCGAUUCCUGAAGAACUCAAGCUAGCCCGUGAGCAGGCAGAGAAGGGAGCGAAUCAGCCAGCCCCUGCAGAACCUGCAGUUGCUUCUCUUGCGCCACCAGCUCAGAGUGCUAUCGUUGAGAUACCUUCUUCAACAACACAAAAUGAUUCGGCUCCUUUAUCAAGAAGUGCAGUUGCAAGCCCAGUUUCUGCACCAGUCUCAAACCAAGCUGCUUUACCUCCUUCAGGAUCAUCAUCUGUUGUUGAUGCAACUGCUGGAACAGCUUCCAGUUCUUCCAUGGGAACUGCUGCUCCAGUUUCUGUUUCUGAUCUCAACAACCCUGCUUCCUCAGUGAUAGCUUCUGUUUCUGGAAGCUCAGAUAUUCUUACUACUGCAGCAGAUACAAUGCUUGGGACUACGAAGAGCAAUAACGAGGAUUCAUCUCUACCAAAUCUUGUAAAUGUUACAGAUGGAGCAUCUGUUCAGGACCUGGAAGAAGCAAAAAGAGGCAUGCCUACUACUGUGAAAAUAAAUAUUACUCCCUUGGAAGACAAAUCAGUUGAUGAGGAGCCUUUCAUUUAUGCUAAUAAGCAGGAGGCUAAAAAUGCCUUUAAAUCAUUGCUUGAAUCGGCCAAUGUUGAAUCAGAUUGGACUUGGGAGCAGGCUAUGAGAGUCAUCAUAAAUGAUAAAAGAUACGGUGCUCUAAAGACUCUGGGGGAGAGGAAACAGGCAUUUAAUGAGUAUUUGGGCCAAAGAAAAAAACAGGAUGCUGAGGAGAGGCGGAAUAGGCAGAAAAAGGUCCGGGAGGAUUUUACGAAAAUGUUAGAGGGAUGUAAUGACCUCACUUCAUCAACAAAAUGGAGCAAAGCCAUAACCAUGUUUGAAAAUGAUGAGCGCUUCAGUGCUGUUGACCGGCCUAGAGACCGUGAAGAUCUGUUUGAUAACUACCUUGUUGAACUUCAGAAGAAGGAAAGGGCAAAGGCAGCUGAGGAUCAUAAGCAUAAUAUAAUUGAAUAUAGAGCUUUUCUGGAUUCCUGCGACUUUAUCAAGGCAAAUACACAAUGGAGGAAAGUGCAAGAUCGUUUGGAGGAUGAUGAAAGAUGUUCUCGACUAGAAAAAAUUGACCGUCUUGAGAUUUUUCAGGAGUACAUUCAAGAUCUAGAGAAGGAAGAAGAGGAGCAAAAGAAGAUACAAAGGGAGCAAUUACGACGACAAGAGCGAAAAAACCGAGAUGCAUUUCGCAAGUUGAUGGAAGGUGAUAUUGCUGCAGGCGUUCUUACUGCUAAAACACACUGGCGGGAUUAUUGCAUGAAGGUCAAGGAUUCUGCACCCUACUUGGCAGUAGCAUCAAACACUUCUGGUUCAACGCCAAAAGAUCUAUUUGAAGAUGUUGCUGAGGAACUGGACAAGCAGUUUCAUGAUGACAAGGCACUAAUCAAAGAGGCUAUGAAGACAGGAAAAAUUACUUUGACAUCAUCAUGGACAUUUGAUAAGCUGAAGGCUUCUAUAUCAGAUAACGAUGCAUUGAAAGGAUUAUCUGAGAUGAACAUAAAGCUCGUAUUUGAUGAACUUUUGGAGCGUCAGAAAGAGAGAGAUGAGAAAGAAGCUAAAAAACGCCAACGUCUUAUAGAUGGUUUUUCUGACCUUCUUUAUUCAAUCAAGGAUAUAAAUGCAUCUUCAAAUUGGGAGGAAUUCAAAUCACUUUUUGAAGACAGUCAAGAAUACAGAUCUAUUGGAGAUGAGAGCUUUGCAAGGGAGAUUUUUGAGGACUAUGUUUCUCUUUUGCAUGAGAAGGCAAAAGAAAAGGAGCGCAAAAGAGAUGAGGAGAAGGCUAAAAAAGAGAGAGAAAGAGAAGAGAAGGAAAAAAGGAGGGAGAAAGAGAGAAAGGAAAAAGAAAGAGAACGUGAAAAAGACAAAGUGAAGGAACGAUCAAGAAGGGAUGAUUUAGAAAGUGAAAUUGUUGAUGUCACCAAUAAUCAUGGAAUGAAGGAUAGAAAGCGGGAAAAAGACAAGGAUAGGAAGCAUAGAAAACAUCAUCACAGUGCAGGAGAUGAUGCAGGCUCUGAGAAAGAUGAGAAGGAGGAUUCUAAGAAGUCAAGAAGGCACAGCAGUGAUAAGAGGAAAUCUAGAAAGCAUGGAUAUGGCACUGAUUCAGACAGUGAAAACCGUCACAAGAGACAUAAGAAAGAUAGAGAUGGAUCCCGUAGAAAUGGUGCCUAUGAGGAACUCGAAGAUGGGGAACUUGGAGAGGAUGGAGAAAUCCAAACCAUCAUGGCAUCAGUGCAAGUUGCAACCUGGUGUUUAUUAAUCGACAAUCAUAUUUGCAUCUUGAUGAAUGGGUUGAACCGGAGGUCCAGCCGGUUCCCAAGGGUUCAAGGAGAAAAAAUACUUCAUUAUAUAUUUUGGACCGGACCAGCCACCGUUUCACGAUCGAACCAGUCAAACUGGUUGGUCUGGUUUUCUAAACUUUGGGAAAAAUGCAGGCGUUGAAUUCAAGUAAAGUGAUGCUUGAAAAAAUAUCACCAUGAACAAGAAAUAUAUUGAA